AAAUCAGCUGUGCCGUCUCAGUCUCGACCGGUGCAAAAAAAUUGACUGAACUCUGCCCUUUUGUGCAAUUAAAGUAAGAAUGGAAGAUUAAAGCAAAAGGCAACCGUGAGCAGCCGUUGAUAAUACCAGAUAAACCGCGCAAUUGAAAAUUGAAUCGAUAACGGCUUUUAAGUGGUUUACCGCUUCAAAAACCGGUUGCAUUGAAUUCUCUGUGGAGAGAGUGGAAUCUGAUUGAUUUUCACCUGUUUCACCUGUUUGUCGAGCUGUUGCCACGCCAACAAGAUGCAGGAGGCAUUUGUUAAUUUAAAUAAUAUUCCCACGCACAUCCUGACGUGGGGCAAGUGGAUCGAGGAGUCGCUUGGCGAUGUCAAGGAGUUGGUCAUUUGCAUAACCGGUAAUCCAGGGCUGCCUGGUUUCUACACCGAGUUUUGUGGUGCACUGCAGCGGGAACUGGGCGCUGAUGGACACAAUUUGCCCGUCUGGGUGAUAGGUCACGCUGGACAUGAUGAUCCGCCCGAGGCAAGCGUACGCGAAGUUCCACAACUCAGCGGCAACCAGGAGCUCUUCAAUCUGGAUGGACAGAUUACCCACAAGAUUGAGUUCAUUAAGAAGUAUGUGCCUAGUCAUGUAAAGAUCCAUCUCAUUGGACACUCGAUUGGCGCCUGGAUGAUACUGCAGCUGCUCAAGGAUCAAGAGAUACGCAAUCGCAUCAAGAAGUGCUAUAUGCUGUUCCCCACCGUGGAACGCAUGAUGGAAUCCCCCAACGGUUGGACGUUCACCAAGAUCGCCAUGCCCCUCUAUUCUGUAUUUGGUUACGUAUUCUUCAACGUGUUCAAUGCGUUGCCCAUUUGGAUACGCAUCUUGCUUAUUCAAAUCUACUUCUGGAUCUUCUCCAUUCCCAAGCAAUUCACUGGCACUGCCCUUAAGUACACCAAGCCCUCGGUAGCUGAGAAGGUUGUCUUCUUGGCGGAUGAUGAAAUGGCCCGGGUGCGUGGUCUACAGCGUGAGCUUGUCGAGAAUAAUUUGCAUCUGCUCAAGUUCUACUAUGGCACCACAGACGGCUGGGUGCCCGUCUCCUACUACAACCAGCUGAAAUUCGACUACCCGCAAGUGGACGCACAGCUGGACACUAAGAAGAUCGAUCAUGCCUUUGUCCUGCGUCAUUCCAAGCCUAUGGCGUCCAUUGUCAGCAACAUGAUACAACAGAAUCUGCAGUGAAUGCCACGACAAGUGGACGCAUUUAGCCAAUUGUUGCCUAAUCCUAAGUUUAUAAGCUAAAAGUGUCGAAAUUCCUUCUGGAGAUGUGCUACCAUUCACACUGGUACGCAGUGCUGUAGAGAAAUAAACCCCAAUAACAUUUUUAUCUAACAUUAA